AACUAACCUUGAAAAUACCCCCCUGUUUUGAUUUUACUUGGAAGGAGGUAGUUCAAUAUAGCAGGUUUAAUUAGUUAAGAAAGAAUGGAAUGCGACAACGACGAAACGCAUAAUAUCCAGUUUAAAAAGAAGAAGAAGACGAAACUUUUAAGGAAACGCGAAGCUUCUCGGUUUGAGCGAGGGAGAGAAAAUGUCCAAGUAGAAAGUCGAGGAAACAAAGAUUAUUCAGAAAUUCCGUGAGAGACCGGCUGGCGUCGAUAUUGGUUUGGCGCUCAGAGAAGCGUUGUAUCUGAUGUGUUUCGGAUCCCUUUAAUAUGAUAACUGAAGGAAAAUAUGACUAUGCUGAAGAAUACAAAAUAUAAGCUGAAUGACUCGUACGACACCAGCAUUAGAACUCAAUUUAAUAUGGAGAACAAUAAACGCGACGAAGAAACGGAUGGUCAAGUAUAUAGAAGAAGAAUUGUCGAAGCGCACGAGUAAAACUAAUAACAAUGCAGCGAAUAGUACGAAUAAUGAUAAGGGAUCAUAUUGCUUGCCAGAGGAAACAGCAUUGCGCACAGUACUGGACGCAAGUUAAGCGAGAAAAUUUGAUGAGAUGCUUUUGACGACUUGAUUUUGGUCUAGCAGCAGAAAUAUCAGGCGAAUUACAUUGUUAACAGUAACUUAAACACACCGUAAGACAGCGAAAUUCUGUUUCUGGAUGUAUAACUUGCAGGAGGCUAUCUUUCAGCUCCGAAUCGCCGAAAUAAGAGAUCGAAAACCUAGAUAUGUAUCGAGUUAGUAAUAUUAUUGUGGACUUACGGACUUACGUUUCUUUUUAUAAAUAUCUUGCGCUAGUAUUUUAAAUGUGUAUUAAUCCUUACGAUACAAUCAUUAUAUGAUAUAAACUUCGAUAAUUAAAUUAUUAUAAUAAAUUAUUAUAAAUAUAAUUAUACUUUUUUUUUCAAAGUGCAUGUAUUUGUUCUAAAAACCUAAAAAUGUAUGUUUAUGAAUUUUUACAUUUUUUAAAUUACUUUAAAUAGAUGAAACAUUGAUUGUAUACGAGAUACAUAUUUAUGACUGUACCAUUAAGGUAUCCUUUUUUACAUAUUAGUACUGUAAGAAUCUUUAACUAUCAAAUGUUUAUUAAAAAAUUCAAAAGAAAUCUUUAUUGAGUGUUUAAAAAAUAUUUUUUAAUUAAAUCUCCAAUAGCAUUAAUGAAUUAUGGGAUAUUUUCGAACAAGUAUUUUUGAACUGAAUUUUGUCGUAGCUCGAGGGAAGAAAAUAACACGCGACUGAGUUAUUCAAACAGCCAAAGUACAAUAAAUUAUGUAACAAGCGAUAACGAAACGGCAUCUAAACAGCGUAUGACGGACGUAAAGGAAAGAGAAGAAGAGGUGGAGGCAAUUUCUCCCGAAGUUUUUGAUAAUGAAAAUAUUUAUUUCGAGAGAAGAUUAAAGUAAUCAAUUUUUUGUUUAAUUUCUUUUUUAUUAUUUUAUUAAAUUACAAAAGAUUGUUAACGUAAUUUUUUUUCAGCACAAAAUCGUCUUUUCAAUUAAAACGUUGAAGAAGACUAAUAUGGCCUAUAAUACUGAGUAUUCUAUUUUUCUUUCUCUUCUUUCAAGUGAUUCGUGGUAACGAACCACGUAGUAAUUCAUGCUUGUCAAAAUCAGCCAUUAAACAAACUAAUCGACUAUGUUAUCAAGAGAUACCGUCAGGCGUCAGAUGAAGCGACUUCUCACCCUAUGUGAUUUUCUUGUUCGCCUGAUCUAGUUAGCUGUAUCAUUAAAAUAAGUAGCAAGAUUAAGUGUAUAUUGUAACAUACGUCAAUUAUGGAAAGGCUGAAUAUAAUUGCAGAGUUUAUUUCACCUUUUAAAUGUUGCAACUGCAAGUGCUGCGAUUGAAAUUUCUCGGUCCCUUGUUAGUUGGUAGCAGCAACUGUCAUCUCGUAAUCAUUAUUCUACGUGCAUGAUGGAAAAGGAGUUGGCAACACUGCAGUCCACAUGAUUCAACCAUAUAUAUAUCACGAUUGUAUGUACUUAUGAUAAGUUAUGAUGACUGAUGUAAGCGCGGCAUUGUCCCUUUUAGUUGUUUUAAUGUAAUUAAAAUAACUUUAUAAUCCUGACUUAACUGUUUGAAAAAUCGAAUAACAAUGUCGCUUAAACAAGGUGGACAGCGAUUAUAUUAUAUGCCAAAAAUAAGUCGAUGGAGUAAAGGAAUUGGCGCAGAAUUACCACAAGAAUUUAAAAAGUUUUGGAGAGAAUGGAAGUUGACAAAACCAGCUGCAGUUCAUUAUAUUAAGCAGGAAGGCACUUAUGUGAGAAAUGAAAAAACUGAAAAAGUACAACCAGUACAAAAUAUACCAAUACCUCUAACAUAUCCUAAAGAGAUUGAUGAUGGUAUAUGGGGAGGAGAGGCCAUUGUUCAGGGCUUUAAGAAAAAAGGCGUAUUUAAAAGAAGAGUUCCACAUUUUUGGAUACCUCAUCUAAAAAAAUCUGUUGUCUAUAGUGAAGUUCUUGACACACAUAUGAGAGUUAUUAUUACUGAGAGAGCACUCAAACUAAUUCAUGAAAAUUAUGGAUUUGAUCAUUAUUUAUUGAAGACGCCAGCCUGUGAUCUGAGAUCUCUGCUUGCUUUGAAACUGAAACGUCAGAUACUUAUUGCAUUAGCAGACAAAACUUUAUAUCCUAAUAAUCCAGAAAAGCAUACAGAGGUGUAUGCUAAGUACGAACAAUAUCUUUCAGCUUAUACGAGAGAAGAAAUAGAAUGGUAUGGUUUAACAUACAAAGAAGCCUGUAAAAAAUGGUUAAAAUUUAAGGAGACAGAACCACAACCUUUGAAAAUCAAAUAUAGAUCAGAAUUAAUUGCCAAACUCAAGGAGAAUAAAAUUAAAGAAGCUGAAAAUGUAGACGUAUCACCAGAGGAAACGAGUUCUUGGUUAAAGAAAUUAAAUCCUUUCUCCAAAAAUCCGAAGACCGAAUAGGUAAAUUGUGUUAUAAAGAAUAUUUUACAUUAUAUUAAUUUCUUGCAUAUUGUAAAUUUUCUUUGAGAUACAUCUCUAAACAAUCAUCAGUACUAAUAUAAUUAAAAAUAAAUAGAUUUAUUACUAUCAAAAUAUAAUUUAUAUUCUUUUAAUGAAUAUUUAAUUUCCAAAAUAUGCAAUGAUAAUAGAUUUCUAUUGUUU